CUACUUUCGAGAUUCAUCUCAACGAACGCAGUCUCGUCACUGCCCCGGGGCUGUCGUCUCAACUCUCACCGGAAGACGUACAUCGAGUGAAACGAACUUCAGAACGAACGUUAACGCUCACUGAAGGAACUUAGCAUCCACUGAUUGUCGUUAUGAUUUAAAAAAUGGCGGCUGCGAGGUGUUUUCUUGGAGAGAAGUGGUUUACAAAUUAUGUCAAAUUUAGAAAUGAUCCUUUAUUGUUUAUAGAAGAAUACAAUAGAUCGAGUGAAGAGUUGUGUUUGGAUAUGUUAAAAGAUGUUUGUACAGAUGAGUUAGAGACCCAGUGUAAAAUUCAUAUUUUACUUUUAUUGCAAGAUAAUGCAUCAAUUCUUAUACCUUCUACAGAUAAAUUAGAACAAAUUGUUGGAUCUCUGACUACAUUAUAUCUUGACAAUCAAAAAACUAUAAGCAGAAGAUUAAAAUGUCAACUCUUAAUAACCAUAGUGACUAUUAUUCUAAAUCAUGAAAUGCUGGAAAAAAAUUGUAUAUUUCAGGAAGAAAACUCAUCUUUGUUUGGAUUACUGUUACAAAUAAAAGAUUUUUUAAUUCAAAUAGUUAUUAAUAAAACCAAAAGAAAUCCUGUUGUUUGUGCAAUUGCAUGUAAAUGUCUUGAAGAAAUAGAGCAGUUUUUCCCAGGAAUAUUAUUUGCUGAUGUAGAAAAAAUUUUUAUUUGCUGUCAGUGUGAAACUUCACCAAUAUUUCAAUCUUACUCAUCCCUUUUGAUUCUUAUCAUUAGCCAUAUUACCCAAGCAAAAUUUUCCAUUACAGAUAAUAGUAUACAAGAAAAUUCCAAUAAUACUGAAAAACAGAAGUUAUGCAGAAAGUCAUCUGGUAAUGAAUUAGAAGUCUUAUCAGCAGUAGUCUUCAUCAUGGAUUUAAUACCUUUAAUGACUACAAUGACAAGUUAUCAUAUUAUGAAGCAUUUAGUACAAAUUGUGAAAGAUACUCCCGAUUUAUUACCUAUUACAUUUAAAACCUGGGUACCACGAUUAAUGUAUGUCAGUCACCCUGCACUUUUUCAUUUGUGUUUUUAUAUGAAUAAAGAAUUUGGAACUGAUCUAUUCACUUGUCAAGAAGAACAAAAUUUAUUAAAUCAAUUAAUAUUAUGUAGUCAUCAUCCAGCAUUAACUACAACACACAGACUUUUGUACAUGGAUUGGAUUGAAGCAUGUCUUGAUAAAAAAGUACAUAAGUCUCGAUGGAAUAUGCCGUCUGAUCAGCUAUUGUUAUUUAUACCAAAUUCGUUUGAUGGACCGGAUACUCAAGAGAAAAAACUAAAAUUAUUAGCAACAUUUACACCAAAUAAUCAAAAUUAUGAUCUAUUAAUGAAGGCUCUUCAGAACUUGAAAAAAUACAUCAUUGUUAAUCAAAGUAUUCGUGGAUCAAGUUCAUUAUUUAGGACCUUGUUUUGUUACUUUAUUUUGCAUAAUAAUAAAAUGAUGAAAGACGAAAUUCAAAGAUUUAUAUUGGAUUUAGUACAAGAUUAUCCUCAUUUUUGUAAUUGUGUUUUGGACUAUUUUCAAUGCAUAAGACAUUAUUACCCAGAUAGCAUGUUUGUUCAUGAGUUGAUGACAGAUUUAAUAGAAGUGAUAACAGAAUUACCUUUGAAAACAAUUCAAAAAAACUUUGAGUCAUAUUUAUUAAUAUUGGAAAAAGUUUUAUUAGAAAAAUCUGAAAUUUGUAAACCUCAAAUUAUUUUGAAAUUUAUUAAGAAAAUGCUUGAAAAUACAAAUGUGUGCCAAAGUGGAGACUGGCUUUUGGGAAACAGUAUAUUAUCUGUUUGUUGUAGUUUUCUACAAUAUCAAAACAUAAAUUGUUUCUAUACUGAAUUUGGAGAAAUACUAUAUCAAAUGAUGCAGUUUGAAGAUGUAGAUAUUAAAAUUCAAGCUAAAUUAUAUUAUUCUGCUCUUACUUUGCUCUCUUCACAAAAGGUGCAGAAAUUAUUUGAAAAUCAAAAUCAUUCUCUUCCUGCAAAACAAUCUCUUUGUAAUCUUGUCACAGGGAAUUCAGCAUUUCAUUUAACACAUCCAAUUCAACACCUUCAAAAUCCCGUUCUCAAAUUGGAGAGAAUUUCUCCUGCAGAAUCUCAACUUGAAACUAAAAUAAUUCAAGAUAUUUCAUUUGAAAUUACCAAAGACAUUUUGGACAAAUAUCACAAGUAUAUAUACGAAGAUUUUGUUCCUGUUGUUACUAUUCCUCUUACACUUCAGUUUACAGAAUGGACAAAUACAAAGUUUGAGAUACUUUACUGCAUCGUCUUCAAAUUUUUUUCUCUUCCUUAUUGUGAUGAAAUUAAUGGUAAGUGUUUUAACAUAAGAUAUCUUAAAAGUAACUUUUUCCUCUACAGAAUAAUACAUGAUAGAUUUUAUUCUAAAAAAUUUUUCAAUUUUUUGCAUAAAUUAAAAAAUAAAAUGUCUAUUCAGUUAUUUUCAUGUUCAAUAGUAUAUCUUUAUAACUAAAAAAAUAGUUUUAAAUUAAAAUCUAAUUAUAUAAUCUGAUAAUUUUUUCUAAAAUUCAGUAAAAAUACAGGGAAAGAAAAACAAUUGUCAAUAAAACUUUGGUAUAUUUAUACUGGCAUCUUAUACAGUAAUUUGAUAAUAUACUCUAGCAAACAGAAAUCAAGUGUAAUGUAAAACUAUAAGUUUGAUUUUCCAAAAGAUUAUAGAUAUAAUAAUGAAUUCUAUACAGGAAUAAUAGAAUAAAUCAAAUAGGUAAGGAAUAUGUCAACAUUAUUAUUCUAAUAAUCAAUUUCAAAGUGAAAGAUAUGUAUAAAAAUUUUCAAUAUACAAAAUAUACCUAUAUUUACCACAAGAAUUUUCAGAAAAAACACCUUUGUUUAGUAUGAAUUUAUUGUUAUCUUUUUUUGCUAUGAAAACAGAGAAAAUGUAGAGAAAAUUACAAGAAUUAAUACAUGAAGUAACUGAUAUUAUAUUUUAAAAAAGGAAUUACUUACAAAAUAUUAUAAAUGUGAGGUUUGUGCCUUUCAGUACUUGUUGCCAAAUGUAAGUGUUUACACUCAGAAACUUCUGACACCAAAUAGGUUAUGCCUACUAAAAUUUUCAAGCAUUUUUUUGGAUAACAAUGAAGUCUCAUAUGCGAGACUAUGAGUAAAGUAAGAUGGAGAAAAAAACAAUGAGAUUCAGUCGGAAGAAGUCACUCAACGCAGUAAAAUACUAUAAAACAUUUAUUAGCUGGCACGAAAGUUCAUACAGUAUGGUAUACAUUGAAGUAUGAUGUUUAUGUUCAUUAUGAUCAUAGAGAGAGAGCAUUUACAAUUUAUAAUACCUUUGAAUCCUGAUAAAUACUUCCCACACUGCAAUACAUCAUCAGACAAACAAAUCCUGAUGAUGAUGUAUGAUAAAAUAGUUCUAGAUAUUGAAUUUGGAUGAUAUUUCCCAUGUUGGAUAGCAGCCAAACAGAAUACAGAUGAAGCGCACAAACAAAAAUCCAAAUGAGUAGUUUCAAACACUGAUCCUAAUGGCUUGAAAAACAGGUGAUGACUGUUCCUUGUUACAUUCAAAAGUGCAGUUUUACAGAUGUAACUAAUAGUCGAGGGAAAGGUGUUGUAAGGUGUCACAAUUACUCUGAAAAAAAUGACAUCUGACGCCCUCUCAGGACAGAAAGUUGACAUAUCCCAUCUAAUGAGAUCAUAUAGUUGUGUUUUUUCUUUGUUUAGUUUAAUUUUCACAUAAAGAUACUGCUGAAAAUGAAUCAAGAAAGAAUAGGAAUAAUAAAGAUAGAAUAGUAUAAACUACUUACAAAGCUAUGCAGUCAGUUUAAAAUAAAAAUGAUUUAUUAUCCAAAUUAUGAAGAUCAAUCACCAUUAU